CAGAAGGAGGAAGAGACAUACAUAACAUUAGCAUCUACAGGGGAGAACCGGCCAUGGACCAGCUGUCUGAACUAAAGAGUACUAAUCAGAGCACAGAAAGCACACUAGUGAACGACCUUGACCAGCGAUGGGACAAGUUGAAAGAAUGGUCAGAGGUCAAGGACAACCUGCAGGUGGCUCUCCAGGACCCUCAGACAUUCGACCACAGCAUCACACUGGAACAUGGUCCACAGCUGUUCCAGACGAUGCGUCAUUGCUGCAACAUCCGCUGCUCCACCCAUCUCAAGACAAAGACAGGAGAGACGUUUGUUUCCCACUACAGACGCGGCACCAAGAGCUACGUGUGUGUGUGGACGCCCAAGUCCCAAGACUGUCAUGAUGCGUGUGUACAGGAGAGGUAAGCUUACU